AUAUCGCCUUCUCCAGUUUGCUCGGUGGUGUCUACGACAGAUGCAUUCGAUGAGGCUUUAGCUGAAACCUUUUCCAAGGGCUUUGCGAACAGCACGGACUUAGUACGGGCUGUACGAGAAUCAAUACGACAACACGAGCUGCUGCAGAAACGUAGUAAACAUAGCAGAUCCAAACGCGCCGUUAAGCGUGUUUGUUAUGGCGAACUCGGCUGCUUUGAGGACUCCGGCCCUUUCGCUUACUUGGAAAUGUUGCCUUCGCCGCCGGAGGACAUCAACACCAAGUUCUAUUUUUACUCCACAAAAAAUCGUUCCGAGCGACCACUUAUGGAGUUGCCUUUCCUCAAUAUGACCGAUACCUUUGCUAGCGUCGCAAGCAGUUCACAUUCGAUACGACGCAGAGCAGGCUCAGUGAAUGAUACAGCCGCCACAGACACUUCAGCUACAACCACUACAACUACAACGACAACAACAACCACUACACAGCGUAGCGUCUUCAAAAGCACUCCAUUGACGCUGGACGAACUGCAUGGUUUCGAUGAGCUCUCGGUGCGUGUUAUUGUGCACGGUUUUGGUUCGGCCUGUCCGCAUGUGUGGAUCUAUGAAAUGAAGACGGCUCUAAUGGCGGUGGAAGACUGUAUUGUUAUUUGCGUGGAUUGGGAGAACGGCGCUACUUUCCCGAAUUACGUGCGUGCUGCAGCCAAUACGCGACUGGUCGGCAAGCAAUUGGCUAUGCUUUUGCGGAAUUUGCAGGAGCAUAAGGGUCUCAACUUUACUAGAACGCAUAUAAUUGGUUUUAGUUUGGGUGCGCAUGUGUCCGGCUUUGCCGGCGCAGAGCUGCCGGGCUUAGCGCGCAUUACUGGUCUGGAUCCGGCAGGUCCACUCUUCGAAGCACAGCACCCGAAAGUGCGUCUGGAUAAUACGGAUGCGGAGUUUGUGGAUGUGAUACACUCGAAUGGUGAGAACUUAAUACUCGGUGGCUUGGGUUCGUGGCAGCCGAUGGGACAUGUGGACUUCUAUCCGAAUGGUGGACGUGUGCAGACGGGUUGCUCGAACCUAUUCGUGGGCGCAGUGACGGAUUUUAUAUGGUCGGCUCAAACGGCUGACGAGGAAGAAGGUCGCUCGCUUUGCAACCAUCGGCGUGCUUAUAAAUUCUUCAUCGACUCUGUAGCGCCCCGCUGCAUGUUCCCCGCUUAUCCAUGCAAAAACUAUGACGACUUUAUUAAAGGCGAAUGCUUUCCUUGUGCACAGAACGAUGAAGACAUCGCUGAAGGUGUGCCACGUUGCGGCAAUAUGGGCUAUUAUGCAGAUCGUUCUACAGGGCGGGGUCAACUUUAUCUGCUGACACGAGAAGAGGAACCCUUCUGCGCACAUCAGUUUAAGCUGGAGAUAUUCAACUCUUUCAAUGAUCUGCCGCUAAGGACCAUUGGUCGCCUAGAGGCCACGCUCGAAGGCGAAGGCGGUCUGAACGAAACAUUCAAGAUAUCAGAGAAAGAUGACUCAGAAUUUUUCGCUGGCGAUAUUGUUUCGAAAAUCAUUGUGCCACACCCGGCUUUGGGCUUUCCAACUACACUUAGUUUACACUACAAAUCAUAUAGCGGUUGGCUGUCCAAAGGCCUGCCGCAUUGGGAUAUCGAUAAGGUAGUGUUAACAGACAGCUUUGGUCGCAGCCACUCACUCUGUAAGCCUUCAACAAAGCUCUCAUCCGGCACACCAGUGCGCCUCAAACUGCUCUCGGGAAAUUGUGAACUGGAGAAUCAAGAGGAGUAUGGCACUUAUAAUGUGCCCACCACUUCGGUGCCGGACUCUAGUGGACAAGAGAGCGCGGACAAUGCGGAAACCGAUAGCAUAGAUGCCGCCAAGCAAAGCAAAGAUUACUUUAAUCUCGGUACCAGUUUUCGACUGGACCAGAAUAAAUCAUAUGUUGACAACGAUCUGCCAUGGCAACCCAUUUUCGAGGGUUCCAAUGCGCUGGACAAAGACGUGGGCGAGUCGAGUCGCAGUCUUUCGGUUGAGCCAACUGAAAUUUUCGAACCAAUUCUGAACGAUCGUCGUCUGGGCCUAAAGAAUGCGCGUAAUCUGCAAGAAUUUGGUAUAACUACAGAAGAGAUAGUCGAACCUGUUUUAAAAGCGACCACGCCACGUGUAAAAAAGGCAAAGGAAAUAGUUUUUACCGAAUCACCGUUAACCACAAAGAAACCUGAAAUCAUUAAAAUAACACCGCUAGCUGUACGUAAUGAACCUGAGCUACCCAAGUCUACUUCACAAGACGAAACCAUCACCGUGCAGUUGCUGCCCUUCCGCCUCGGUGAUUUGCUUCAGCGCGCCGAACGCUAUGCACGAGAGACACUAUUGCCGUUAAUUUCUGUGCAGGCACCGAAAUUCUUCGGCUUCAAUGUCGGUGGUUCAACGACUACUGGCAGUGACGAGCCCGCUGCGCUCAAAGAAGAACCACGUAAGCCACGCUACAUACCACGCUUUGAAGAAGCUUCUUUUUUACGCGAAAAACGCGUAGAGAAAAAUCGCACUGCACGCAAGCCGAUAACAGAUCUCACGCCCGCCGAAUCGAGAACGCAACGUAACAUUUUCAAGCUGAUAAGAUCGGAUCCAAAAGAGGGUGUUGCGAAGGUUAGUGAUGGCACUACCAGUAGUGUGCUUCGGCCAGCGCAAAGGCGUGCUCUCAGCGAUAUUACUUACUAUACAAAUAUAAUGCUUCCCGAGUCGCGUGCUUUGCGGCCGGAAGAUCCCAGCUAUGAACCGAUAUUCAUAGAAUUACCCACCUAUAAGCCAAGCAAGGCAGCGCGUAGCACGCAAGGAAACGAAAAAGAGGUGGUUGAACGAAAACCUUGA